GAGUACUUAUUUUGAGUGGCAUGUUCCGAUCGAGGGGCGAAGCUGCGGAGUGUCUCUGGGACCCUUACAUGGGGAGACCCAUCAUUGCGGCAGCGAUGUCCCUGGACCGUUUUCAGACACAGCUAUGCUCCGUUUUGACGACCGGGAGACCCGACCCAGCCGCAGAGCAGCGGAUAAGCUGGCCCUCGUAAGGGACAUCUGGGAGGCAUGGCUGGAGAGGCUGCCGGUGAUGUAUACACCUGGGGAAAAUAUCACCGUUGAUAAGCGGCUGAUUCCCUUCAGGAGUCGAUGUGCUUUCCGCCAGUACAUGCCGAGAAAGCCUGGCAAAUAUGGACUGAAGUUGUGGGUGGCAAGUGACAGCGCCAGCAGCUAUGCCUACAAUGUCCAGAUAUAUACAGACAAGCCGUCCAAUGAGCCUGCAGAGGCUAAGUUAGGAAUGAGGGUGGUGCUGGACUUGAUGGUGGGGUUGACCAGCCGUACAGUUGUAUGUGACAAUUUCUUUACUUCAUACGAGCUGGGGCAAGAGCUCCUAAAAAGGAAACUUACAAUGUUGGGCACCAUUCGUAAAAAUAGGGGGGAACUGCCUUCUGCCUUGCUUUCAAGAAAGGGAAGUCCGGUCCACAGUUCCACAUUUGCCCAUACGGACAAUACGACCGUAGUGUCAUAUUUGGCAAAAAAAAAUAAAAACGUGCUCCUCAUGAGCACCGCUCACAGAGAGGCACGAAUUAGCUGCCGGGCAGACGGAAAACCGCAAAUAAUUCUGGAAUACAAUAAAACCAAAGGGGGGGUGGAUACUUUAGACAUGUGUACGGCCAAGUACAGUUGUCAGCGGCGCACCUGCAGAUGGCCGGUGGCCAUUUUUUUCAAUAUGAUAGACAUAGCCGCCUACAAUGCUUUUGUGAUAUGGGGGGAGCUGAACCCCACUUGGAAGCAGGGCAGAAGGCAGUAUAGACGGCUGUUUCUGGGGGAAUUAGGGAAAGCCCUUGUCACUCCAGCAAUAGAAAAAAGGGAACGCCUCCCUCGCUCCUCCAGUGCAGCCGCAAUUGUGAAGGCUACGAGGGUGCUAGCCUCUACCUCUGCCGAAGGCACAGUACAGAACGGGGGGGGGGGGGGGUGGCAAAGGGCGGUGCGACUGGUGCUCUCGGGCUUCUGA